CUGACGCCAUCUUUGGGUCAUAUCUUUUGUUUCGAUGUUUUUAAUCAGUUUCGUGGUCAAGGAAAUGUCUUUUUUACCUUUAUUUAAGUAAAAUUAUCUAAGCUAUCCCUUCUCAGUCUUUUAAGCAACAUAAUAUACUUAAAAAGAGUGACAUCAGAUGGAUCCAGAUUAUGAAAGGCGUCUACUACGGCAGCAGAAUGGACAGUUAUCUCCGUUUUCGUCCCCCUUAUCCAGUCCGGUUGCCUCUCCUGUGAAGGAGAAAUAUGGAGACCGCUUCAUUCCGAGCAGAGCUGGAGCAUCGUGGCACAUCAACUUCAACGUGGCUCCGGAAAAUCCAGCUACUUUUCCAGGACAGGUUCGAAAGGCUAAAGAACCCAAUAAUGACACUACGAAAGACGGGUUUGCUUACUCGUGUCUGCUGAAAAACGAGCUGCUUUCUGCUGGCAUUGAUGACCUCAAAGAUCAGCAGUCCGACGAAGGAAGUCCUCUUGUGUUGAAGGAGAGUAAGAAUUUCUUUCGAUACACCGUUCCAAGGAGGAACCCCGACGCCUGUGACGCUUCACCCUACUCUCUGUCCCCAGUCGGCAGCAAGAGCCAGAAGCUGUUGCGGUCACCGAGGAAAGCGGUGCGCAAGAUCUCCAAGAUUCCCUUUAAGGUAUUGGACGCUCCAGAACUUCAGGACGACUUUUACCUCAAUCUCGUUGACUGGUCGUCACAGAACGUACUGUCGGUGGGGCUGGGCACCUCGGUCUAUCUCUGGAGUGCCUGCACCAGCCAGGUGACCAGACUCUGUGAUCUGUCGCAAGAUGGGGACUCUGUUACAUCCGUAUCCUGGUCGGAUCGUGUCAGUGGUAAUUUGGUUGCAGUGGGAACACACAAGGGAUACGUUCAAAUCUGGGAUGUUGCCGUGAACAAAAAAAUAAACACUCUGGAGGGUCACACCGCACGUGUCGGCGCCCUGGCUUGGAACGGCGACAUCCUGUCUUCCGGAAGCCGCGACAGACUCAUCCUUCAGCGGGACAUUCGCACUCCCAGCCUGGCUCCGGAGAGGCGGCUGGGAGGCCACCGCCAAGAGGUCUGCGGUUUGAAGUGGUCUCCCGACCACCAGCACAUGGCUUCAGGUGGCAACGACAACAGACUCUUCGUGUGGAACAUGACCAGCGUGAACCCCAUGCAGACAUACUCGGAGCACCUGGCCGCGGUGAAGGCGAUCGCAUGGUCACCCCACCAACACGGACUUCUCGCCAGCGGUGGGGGCACGGCCGACCGGUGCAUCCGCUUCUGGAACACGCUGACCGGCCAGCCCCUGCAGUGUGUGGACACCGGGUCGCAGGUGUGCAAUCUGGCGUGGUCAAAACACUCCAACGAACUGGUCAGCACGCACGGCUACUCGCAGAACCAGAUCCUUGUGUGGAAGUACCCGUCGCUGGUGCAGAUAGCCAAGCUGACAGGUCACUCGUACAGGGUUCUGUAUCUGGCGAUGUCGCCGGACGGGGAGGCCAUAGUGACGGGUGCUGGGGAUGAGACGCUGCGAUUCUGGAACGUUUUCAGCAAGACGCGCUCCACGAAAGAGUCCAAGUCUGUUCUGAAUCUUUUCACCCGUAUUCGAUAGGCAUCAGUAGUGUUUAGCGUCUUAAUUCGGGAUUACAUAUAAUGUACAAGAUCAUGGGCAUGGGGUAAUUAAUACUGAUAGUUUUUUGUUGUUUUCACAGAUGGGUCAAACUGUAUGCUGGUAAAGCAUCGUAGAUGUACAUUUAUUAUUAUUACAAAAAGUCUUCAUUGGUUUUUUGUUUGUCCCCAUUUUUUUUUUUUUUUAUGUUUGUUUAAAUGUAUAUGGUUGUUUUUCGUGUAUGGACUAAUUAGGAAUUGGGGAUUGUGUGUGGCAAAACCAAACCAAAUUGGGACUUGUAAUAUAGAUGCUAGGUUACACAAGUUCAUGUACGGUUGUAGAGUGUUCGACAUCAUAAUAAGCACGAUACUCAAAUUCAGGGCUAGCUCUGCCACUCGCCAAAUGUGACUUAAAAAUAACUGGCAAAUUUUAUUUUUGAUUUCACAAAAUAAUUUCCUGUAAUGAUUAAUAUUUUGUUGGGGAAAAUUGUAGAUUUCUGACCAUAUUGGAGUUUUGGCGACGUCUUCUGCCCACCCUGGGCUACGUAUACAUAUGACCCUGAAAUCGUACUGUUUUUUGCUGCCAUAUUGGUGAACAUGUUUUUUAGCUAAGAAUAAUUGCUAUUUUAUGUUUUACUUGGCGGCAUGACUGCAUGUUUGGAAAAGUUUACUUCAGUUUCUAAAAUAUUUUCUAACAGGUUCUGGACAUUUAAAAAAAAUUGUUUUACAUAUUUUCUAGCUGGAUAUGUACAGGUAACCAGUGUUUUUGAAAUGUUUACCAAUUUUAAUUGGCCCAUGAGCAUAAUAACUUUCCAGUUUUUGCAUGACAUGAUGUUACAUUCUCACCCUUUAUUUGUAUAUGUACAUACAUAAGUUCUGUAAAUGUUAGAACCAAGGCACACAUAAGUCAUUCAAUGCCAGUUCAUCAAGUGGCUCCCAAGGGAACACUUCAGAUUUCAUUUAGAAAUUUGCUAAUAAUCCGUUGACCAGUGUAGAAUGUCCAGAAUUAUGUAAAAUUUCAGCACUCUAUUUUGAGUACUUUUGAAGAUAUGGCUUGUUAAAAAAAUAUACAGUGUCACUGUGCAUUUUCGGCUAAAUCACAUAGCUUGUCGUAAAAUACAAUGACUGUUGAAUAAGCUAGAGAAAGUAAACUGGGUAAGAGUAGUAAUAUUCCCUCAUGGUUUCAGAAUGUUGCAUUGAUUCAUGUACAUGUUAUAGUGUAGUUCUUAAAGACAGCGGUGUAUUUUGUUUAAAUGCAUAGUGAAAAAGUAUGGCAUUAAUGCUAGAAGUACAUUUAGGGGCAAUUUGCAAUCAUUGUAAACAUCUAUGAACAUGCAUGUUAUUAAGCUUCCUUGAGCACCAAGACAUCUUGGGUUUUUAAAAUUAUUUUUAUGCAAAUAAAAUUGAUACAUAUUACAAUAUUUUUUAAUGCACUCCUCUCCCCCCCCCCCCCCCCCUUUUUAAAAAAAAAAGAGCUAUAAAAUCAUGCAAGAGUAAUAAUUGUGAAAUGUUUGAUACAAUAAGUGAAGACUUGAACUACAAGUGACGGACUUGUACUGUGUUUAGUGUAGUGUGGGGGAGGUGUGCUGAAUGCAUGCCCAAAGGUCUUAAAUUGAUUAUAUCCUAUAUUUGGAUUAACUUUUUUUCUUAAAGAUUAUACAUUAUUCUUUUCUACUGUUUAGUGGCACAUUUUGUAAAAAAAAAAAAAAAAUAAUAAUAAUAAUAAAAUUCAGGUCUAAGCUCUGGCACUCGCCAAAGUCGCCAAUUGUGAAUUAAGAAAGUAGUUAGCAAAUUUUAUUUUAGUUUGGCGAAAUAAUUUCAUGUAAUAAUUGACAUUUUUAAAGAAAAUAACUGACAAUUUUUGAAAUUUAAUAGCCAAUGUGGCGAAUUGUUUUGCUCACCCAGAGCUAGCCCUGAAAUAAAAUGUCAUUGUACACUCCACAAUUUUACAAAUUGGCAAGCAUGGAACUUGUUUUUACCUGGGGUGGGUGUCUUAACAUUGUAAUAGAAACAUAAUGUUCAUGUACAAUGUAUUUACCAGUAUUUUAAUUUUGUGACCCAAAAUUGCAGUGUUAUACUGCUGGCAUAAUCAUUGAUGAAACGACCAAAAAUGUAUAGGUUUCUGACUGUGAGGUAAGUGUGCAUUGGAUACUUGGGAUGAUUGUGUAAUUUGUUUUGAACGUACAUUGUUCAGUACAUACAUGUACUGUACUGAGUUGUGCAUAGUUCGAUAUUACUGUUUAAUAUUAAUAAUAAACUGCUGAACCAUAAACAAUGCUAUGACUUUUAAUAGUGAAUCUCUUAAAAAAUAAACAGGUAAUUUAUUGAGUUCAAAUCUUUUAGUUAUCAAGAUUUGGAGAUAUAUUUGGAGAUAUAUAUAUAUAUAUAUAUAUAUAUAUAUAUAUAUAUAUAUACACACGUGUGGUGUAGGUACAUUACAGGUGUAUAUAUAUUUAGCACUGGUUUAAACUAAUGUAAUCAACCAUUAGUGAUCAUUUUCGUUUUAUCUUGUUGCAGUUGUGUAACAUCUUAUGGCAUUUUAAAUUUAAUUUUCCUAUUGUUUUUACUUCUCCCCUUUUUUCAAGUGAAUAAUUAACUGUUGUCUCAUUAUUUUAUUUUAUGAUCAGAAAGCAGUUGCAAGGUAUGGCUUCCCCUUGUAUCAGGCGUUGUUAACUUGCAGGGUCAUUUAUUAUUUAAUAUCGUUACUGAUUUCCGAGUGCAACAGUAUAUGGUUAUAUUUGAUUUUAUAUUCUCAAGCAAGUGGUAUAAUUUAGUGAUUGGAUGCAAUUGUCUUUAUGCUUCAACUCUGGACGGCCUUUGUUCAUAUUGUAUGUGCGUGUGGUAUGAACACCCAAGGAAUCCCUCAAGAUGUUAAACUUCUGUACACGUAUUCAUCACAAGCAGUGACUGACAGUUGUUUAAUUCAACAUACAGUCAAGUCUUAACAAGUAAUUUUGCUUUCUGUAACCCAACACACUGUUUUUUUCUCUUCAUUUUAUUUUUCCAAUAUGACAAAUCCACUAGCCCUCUGCCCUGGCUAGUUAAUUUUUGGUCUGAGCUAGUGGAAAUUGUCAACUGUAUUACUAUAAUGUAUAGCGCACUAACCAAAGCUGCUGUGAGGGCUAGUGCUUUUCUCAAACAUUUGUCGAACACUGCAAUACAAUAUUUAUAACAUCAAUCACAUAAAUGCAAAAGCUAAAAGCAGAGAGAACCAAAAAAAGCAGACGUACAGACCUGUAAAGGUUAUGUUUUUAAAUUUAUAAUUUAACAUGAAUAAAACCAACAUCUCUAACUACAGUCAAUGUGAUGGGUUACAUCAAACAAAUUUUGUUUAAAGAUGGCGUAAUUAUGGUAUUGAUGAUUAAAAAAAAACCCCAGUUAUGUUGACCUAGUAAAUUUGUUCCCCAUAUUAUUUUUGUCGUUGCACCAUCUGGUAAUCCCAACUGUUUAUGUGUUAAGUGCUUCACAUAUAGUUAACCUUGCUAUGUGUGUCUCGUCCUGUGAUGUGAUGUUGUUAUGUGUGUAAGUAAUAAAGUCAGUUCACCAAUA